UAUAAGGCCGAAUGAUAUUGUUUUACCUCCUUAAGAUAGGUCUAUAAGUAGAAUACACUGUAAAAUAAUAGUAAAAGAUGGCUUUAGAAUACCAAAGCCUCUGUCUUAUGGAUUUUUAUUGUUUCUAAGAUUUAUUAAGAAAAAUUCGAUUAAUUCUCCUGAAUUAAAUUUACCUGAUUUUAUUUUGAAAUUAAUAUGUAGUUUUAUUAGACCUAAAUUUGCUUUUUAUUUAGUUGAUAUAGGAAGCGCUUAGAGUACUUAUACGAAAAUAAAGCAUGAAAAAUCUUAAGUAUUAGAAAAAGGGUCAAAUAUUUUUAAUUGGGGCGGAAACAUAGUUUCAUAUUAUGGAUGUAAAUCAUAAUUCUUAAAUUUAGUAAAAUUGUGAUUAGUAAGAUUUUAUAAAUUUCCUUUUGACAGAAAAAAAAGAAAAUAAUGCUGUCAUUCAUGGACUUACUCCUGAAGAAAAAUAAUAAUUUGAUAUUUUAUAUAAUCAAUUUAAUAAUGAGAGAAAAUAAUAAGAUAAUGAUACUUUAGGACUCGAAUAUAGAAUGAAUCUUAGGCCUUAUGUAAAAAUAAAAAUCUCUUCAACUUAAAAUCCACAUAUUUUUACAUAUAACGAAUAAAAUCCUAAUCAAUAAUUCAAAAUCGGGAGGUCAUAAGAAUGUGCAGUUUAAAUUAAUAUAAAUACUAUUUCGAGAAAGCAAUCUAGAGUUGUAUAUGAAAGUUAAAAAUGGUAGUUAAGGGAUGGAGAUAUUCAUAAAGAAAGUGCAAACGGAACAUGGGUUUCUUUAAAUGAUUUUAGAGAAAGGAAUUAAUCUAAAUAAGAAAGUGAUCCUAAAGAAAUUGAAAAUGGAUCAGAAAUAAAAAUUAGUGAUUCUAUUUUAAAAAUAGAAAUUUUUAAUAAUUCUCCUUAGAAAAAUAAAUAUAUUUAUGAUCCUGACUUAGAUAAAGAUCAAAUGGAUAUUGAAAAAAAUUUAGAUAUAAAAUAAUAAAUUUUAUGA